ACAAUCCAUGAAUGAACUUUAAUAGGAAAGUGGGACACUUUUGAAUGAUAAAAUAAAGACAAAGUACAGAAAUCUUCACGGCAUUGUGUAUGGAGGCCUAGCCGGCACAGACAAUGUUUUAAAGUGACAUGUCCCAGGUAAAAAUAACCGUGGACCCAAAGGAAGCUCUAGUUGAUGAAAGAGUUCACAUCCAAGUGGAAGGUCUACCCCAAAAUAAACCCGUUACUAUUAAAGCCUCAUUUCAGGAGGAAAGUCUGAGAUUCUGUUCCUAUGGAUGCUUUACCUCAACAGAGGGAGGUCACGUGAUGGUGGAGAGGCAGGCUCCGGCACAAGGAACGUACACAGGUGUAGAGCCAAUGGGCUUAUUUUGGAGUAUGAAGCCCGAACCUUCCCAGAGACAACAAAUAAGAUUCCAAAAGGGAAAUGUCACAACACCCAUAAUUGUGACACUUGCUGUGUUUGAAGGAAACCUGUGCUGGGAUGAGCUCUUUGAUCCGCCCAAUAAACCCUUAGCCAUAUCGAAAGUUUACAGAUGGUACAAACACAAGACUGUUCGAAGAGAAAAAGUGAGGGAAGGAAAUAUAAGGGGUGUGCUUUUCACUCCUUCAGGGCCUGGACCGUUUCCCGGUGUAAUUGACCUGUUCGGUAGCGGAGGAAGUCUUUUUGAACACAGAGGAGCUCUGCUGGCUUCUAGGGGAUUCUGUGUUCUCUCCUUGGCCUUCUUCGCUUACGAUGAUUUACCUAAGUUCCUGACUGAUGUCACAUUAGAUUAUUUCAUAGAGAGCGCUGAAUGGUUCAGUAGAUUACCGGUAGUGAUGUCAUCAGGUGUAGGGGUCAUAUCACUGUCAAAAGGUGGAGAAUACGCUCUAGAAAUGACUCGACAUUCCUCUAAGGUGAAAGCAGUAGUUCUUGUAAACGCUGUUCCAUUUUACUCAGACGUGCCUCUGAAAUACAGCAAGGGCGACAUACAAUGUAUCGAAUUUUUAUUUAAUGAAAUUAAAAGAACACCCAAUGGAAUAGAUACAAUAGGAUGUAAUCAGCCUUCUGACGAUUUCUAUAUCAAGGUAUGGACCAGUCCUGCCUCUGUGCUUUGCAUUGUGGGAGAAGAUGAUCAUAUUCUAAAUCCAAAACUUACUGAGAGAUUUAUUGAACUUGUACCAAAAGAACACAAACAUCGAUUCCAGAUGAUUAAGUAUCCUGGGGCGGGGCACCUGAUAGAACCGCCUUAUGUACCACACUGUAGAUCCUCCCGACAUAAUAUAUUUGAUGAGUACUUAUGGUGGGGCGGGGAAACAAAAAGUCAUAGCUACGCACAAGAAGAUUCGUGGUGGCAGAUCUUGCAGUUCUUCUCUACUCAACUUAAAUCCGAAACCGACGAUCAAUAUACAUGUAGUAGUAAAUUAUAAUUAAUGCUCUGUGAUGUUUUCUUUUGUAUUUUGG